AUGUCUCGUCCUUUUACUGACGCGGACUUGAGGGCCGUUGAAGAGCUCUGUCCUACUAGUUCGACUAGUGAUGUGGAGCUAGCGUUAUGGCGUGCCAAUGGCGAUCGAAACAUGGCGGCUAAUAUGCUUUUAUCACAGCAGAGAUCUACUCCAGCUGCUCAAGCGUACCCAAGUCAGCCAGUACCUGUUGUGGCAGUGGCUCAAGCAGCUCCACGUGAACAAGUCGAGAGAAGUGCGCAGAUAAGAUGCUGUCACUGUGAAGAACUCAUGACGGUAAACGUCAGAGGUUUUCGCGAUGAGGCAGUGGGGGCUGAAGCUCAGUGUCCUCGCUGUCAUCAGAUGAACAGAUUUGUGUUGCCAGCUGAGAAGGACUCUGUGGUCGCGAGUGAAGCCGCUCCGUUUAAGCCAUACUCUGUGGAGAUCCCCACUAAUUCCGAGGCUUUUGACGCGGCACACGCUCCUCCUGUCACGCCACAGGGCGCAAUGCCUGUUCCCACUGUGGAAGUCCCACCAUCUCAAGUAGCUCUACCCCAGAACAUGCAGGUCCAGGUGGUUCAAAUUGAGAAUCUUUGGGGCAACUAUGCCAAUUAG